AUGUGGGUGAGGACAUUCCUGCGGCUCUGCGGGUGCAAAUCACCCAAUGCGGCAGCUAUAACUUCUGGAUCGUCAUGGAUGACUGCUGCUGCAUGGGCCAGUCUUGGAAGCGAAUUUUCCUCUGUGAGUGAGAGCAAAUUCCUGCAGCAGGUACCGGAUGGAUUCCUCACCUCACGGGCAACAACUGACAUGAUGCCCGCAGAGCAGCUCCUUCUAUCCAUGGUGGAGGAAAAUGAGGAACGUUACAAGGGCGUGGAUGUGAGGGAUCCUUCAUCUAUGGCGGUGUAUGAGGGGGAAAGGCCGCGAUGGAUGACACUCGGAGGGCAGGUCCGCGCGGUGUCGGAGUUUGUGUCCGGGCAUUUAUGCCAUCACAUUUCAUUACCCGCGUGGAAGGAGCUGUUUGACCUUCAAUACGCUGAGAUGGACUUGACGUACUGGCUGUAUGUGUUGCAUGUGCACAUGGUUAGUCGCCGCGCCACUAGUGUUCCCAUCGAGAAGUUUAACCGCCGUCGUGAGGUGUUGGAGGAGAUUCUUUUGACUAUGUUUGACAGUUGGGCUGCGACGUCGGAGGAUGUGAUGGGACGACCUCCGCUUAACAAAAUCCGUUUCUACAUUAAGGACAUGUACUAUGUUACGGCGGUUAACUUUGAGGAAGCCCUCUUACACGAUGGCCCCGGGGCCGAUUUGAUGCUGUUGGGGUUCUUGAUGAAGUUCUGUCCGCUGCCGCGUCCCGAAGAUGUCCCUCUUUACACCUAUUACUCUCUAGUGCAUUACAUUCGCUUUCAUACUGCUUUACUAGAUCGGAUUCCCGAUGAGUCUAUAGCGAAGGGCAACUUCAACUUCCUCUCACCGACUGACCCCCGAAUAUUUGAGCAGUACAGUGAGGUAACACUUGACCAAGUUAUUAGAAGUUGGACGGUGGAGGCUAGUGAAGAGGAGGUAAAAUGCCAUGCGGCACCGUGA